UCUAAAUUUUUUUAUGUGCGUAUUACAGAAAAUGAGUUAAGGUGCCUUUUUUCCAGUUCAAUUGCUUUGGAGAAACUGACACUCAGGUCCUGCGAUGAAUUAUUUUUCCUGGAGAUACCUAGCCUGUUGCAGCAGCUUAGCCACCUGGUUGUCGAGGAAUGUAGAAAUCUGGAAGUGAUAAAGAGCAAAGCCCCUCAUCUGUACAGUUUUGGAUAUCGUGGUACCCUAGUACGACUAUCACUUGGUGAUUCAUUGCAAAACCUAUACAUUGAUGCUUCAGAUCAGGACGUUGUUCAUCAUGCUUGUGCCGAUCUUCUGGACGUGGUGCCAAAUCUUGAAGCUCUUGAAAUAUCUUCGUAUUAUCCGAUGGAUACACUGGUGGUACCUGGCAAAUUUCUCCACCUCCAACGACUAUGUAUUGGGUUUUUUACCCCAGACUAUGAUUAUUUGUCUCUGGUUUCUUUACUCGAUGCGUGUCCUUCCUUGGAGACUUUUGUAUUGUCCGUAGAGCCAGAUCGCGUGAGGCAAGAAUCAGUUUUAGGAAAAUCUUCUCAUAAUCUAAUCCAGAUGCCAGGCCACAUGCAUAGGAACAUAAAGGAUGUGCAUAUCAUUGGCUUCUGUUCUGCAAACAGCAUGGUUGAGCUAACAUGCCAUAUACUUGAGAAUGUGAAGUCGCUUGAGUACCUUACACUGAGCACCUCUGGGGAUGAUGAAAUUUUGUGUUCUAAAAGUGAAAAUGGUAUAUGCCUUCGAAUGAACAAGUAUAUGAGGAUGGAAGCCCGCAAAGCACUCUUGGCCGUGGAAAGACACAUUUUGGGGAAAGUUCCAUCUACCGUAGAGUUAGAAGUUGUGAAGCCUUGCAGCCGGUGCAAUACUCUUUAAAAUUUAGGCCAGGAAUAAGGUGAUCUUUUAACCCAGGUGCAUGUUCUUGCCAUUGUAAUUUCUCUUUCUUGCACCUUGUGUGUGCGUGCGCGCAUGAUUCUACACGGCAAGAAUAAGUGGUAUUUGCAUCAUUUCUUUUGUUCUUGUUCU